CUCUUCUUUUUCCCCCCCGCUGGAUACUACUUAGUGAACUGGAAGAUGCAAACAAACAAGACAUGCCACACAGGGCACAGGGUAUGAUACCGUUCAUGCAAUACGGACAUGUAACUUCCAAGGCAAUCUUUCUCUCAACCGAAAGCCAUCCACCGGAGCUGCAGAUUGACACCGUCGCUCGCUCUCCCCAGACGAGACACCCCACCUCUCUCCUUUGCAGGUCUCAUUGAAGAGAGGGGAAAAGAAAACGAGAGGCCUGGGCACGCACCAACUUGAGGAAAAGAACACUGCACUGCACUGUGUUUUCUUUUCUUUCUGCUAGGCAGCGAACUUGCCCGGACCGGUGGUUUCAUGGUGCAGAAUAGGGGGCGUUUUGUGGAGAGGUGAGGAGGAUCCAUGGCCAUGGUGCCUGAUCUUGGCUCCGACUUUGCGCAGAGGCUCCUGGUGGACCUCCGGCGACGCCGGGAGAGACUCGGCUUCGAGUCGUCAUCGUCGUCGCAGCAGCAGCAGCAGCAGCAGCGAACGCCUCCUCGGGAUGCUUGUUCAAAUUCUCAGAGACCACUUCGAAAUCAGAAGCCACAGCAAAGAGCUCCUGCUCCUGGAGCAAGGAGACCACCAGAAUCAACAACGACGACACAGAGACCAUCACACCAGCAGCAAGGCAGCAGCGGCAACGCCAUUGCCAUGGCCGGCAAGCCGCGGCGCCGCCGCGCCGACAUCGUCGCCGCCGACGCGCACGCCAUUGUGCCAUUCCAAGGAGGAGGCGGGGGCGGCGCUAAGCCGAAGCCCUCAGUCGACGUGCAGAUGGCGGCGCUGGCCCUGGCUCUCAGCAGCAACGGCGGUGGCGGGAAGCUGCGGCGCGUCGAGCUCGUGGCCCGCAACGGCUCCGUCUUCUUCCGAGAUCCGGACAUGGCGGCCGCGAUCGGGGUGCGGGAGCUGAACGAGAUGCUCAUGGCGUACUCGAACUCUUCGGGCGGGAGGAGGAGGAGCUCCGCGGCCAUGAACCUGGAGGAGUCCCUGAGCAUGCUCGUCAUGCUCCAGGACGCCUCGGGCUACGCCAUAGAGUUAAGAUCAGGGACUGCGAGGAGCGGCGGCAGCGGCAAGGUGCUGCUGCUCAAGGGCAAGGAGAACCGGAAGAGCUCGCUUUCGCCGUCGAGCUCCGCGAGGAUCGUGGAGAUCGUCGACGAAGAUUCAGAUGCAGAGCAAGCCAAGGAUAGGAAGACAUCAACGCAGAUCGUUGCUUAUAACAGUUCUCAAGGCUAUCAGAGUCCAACUCCAAACAGUAGCUCGGCCAUGGCAUCUAGUGCUGCUGGCUCAAGCAAUUCCAAGAUCAACGGUGCUUCUGAAGGUGAAAAGGAUGGUUCGAAAGUGAGGAUGCCCAGUGUGAUCGCCAAGCUGAUGGGGCUGGACAAUCUUCCUUCGUCGUCGGCGGCGCCGGCAAAGGCGGUGCCGGAGCGCAAGGGGACGGAGAAGUUUGUGAGGCCUGAAGCGCUGCCAAGGAAGGAGACCAGAGCGAAUUCGAUGGACCGAAAGUUGCCGAUACGGAUUGUAGCUUCAGAGAAGGCGUCAUCCAAAGGGCAGCACAAGAUUUUGCUGGCAGGGGAUUGGAAGACUGGCGUGACAAACUAUGGAGAAUUUGAAUUUGCUAAUGCACUGUCAAACAGUCCAUCACAUCCUGCACAUGGGGGUAAUAAGCAAGUGAGGCAAACCAUGGGGCAAGUGUUGAGAAAGAUGGUAGGAACAGAGCAAGGAGAUGAUGAUGAGAGAAUUACUCAUGAGGAUAAGGCAUUUGCAGAAGAAAUCAAGGUUCAGAUUCCCGUCAACAUUGGAAGCCGCAGCGAUGCGGGUAAGAAGACGGACUUUCUCAAGAGAUUCAGGAAGAGUUCAGAAAGUAGACCAGCCAUGGAAGACAAGCACAUUACUGAAGAGAAGAGCGCAGGAGCUGGCAAGAAGCAAGACACGAUCAUCAAACGGUUGCUGGGAAGAGACAGCGAGACAAAAUCAAGGAGGGCGAGAGAGAAGAUUAACAAGGAAAACCUUGCCGUUACAGAAACCAAUGCUGCAGGAAAGAAUGGCAGGACAGAUCAGAUGAAAAGGCAAGCACAGAACAAACACACGGACAGAAAAAUCACGAGGAAGAAAGCGCAGAGUUGUCGCAAAACGCAGACCGAAACACCCGCUCAGAACCUAGAAGAUAAGAAACCAGUGAUGUCAGAAGCACCACAUAUGAGAAAGAAGCUCGAGUAUACUAUAAUCACAGAACAGGAGAAUGGCGAACAUACAGAAGUAAAUGAUACUGUCAGUUUUAGCAAACCAUCAGACAGCACGCAUGGCGAUGUCGUCGGUUUUUCGGAACAAUUGGCAAUAGCAGUGACACGCAGCAUCACAACUGAAGCAGCUUCCUUAGACCAAGCUUUACAGGAUAUAACUGAAGAAACCAAUGAUCCUACAACCAUUGAUGUUGAUGUUAUACAGGAAAGUGAGGACUCAAAAUUCUUGGACCAGACUACAACUGUUGAGAUGAUGAAUGAUGGAAGAAUUGACCACAGAGAUAGUGAAACUACACAGAUACCUGAAACAUUUGCUGAGGAAGAGCAACAUCAGCAGCAGCAACAACAACAACAAAUGAUAGUGAAAGAUCAACUAACUGAUGGUCCGGAUCAUACCACGAAGUCCACCGAUCCGACAGUUCUGCAGGAUCACAAGACACAUGUGGUUUCAUGCGAUUCAUUCACAGAGAGCCAGCUACUGCUAAUGCAAUUGCUGCUAAAAGAUCGGUACUUGCUCGAAACCGCGAAAUCGAUCAUCAAAGUUGACGCCCCCGUCGAUCUCGCCGUCAACGCCGGUGCCCGGAACUGGUCAGACAAAUGCAACGGCCUCCUCUCCGACGUAACCCAGGAAGUGACCAGAAGGAAGGCCAAGCGAACGGAGGCCAUGGAAGGAGUCGCCGGGAGCCGGAAGCUACGGUAUCUGGACGAUCUCGUCAGAGAACUGGACGGCGACAUCGAGAGCCUGGACACGUGCAGGAGACCUCAUCGGCCGCGGGACGAAGAUGGCACGGCUGAGAUUUUGGGGAUUGUGCUUGAGAGGGACAUUGAGAACAAUCACCCGGACGCCGACUCGACGUGGGAUUACGGUUGGGACUUUCGCGUGUCGGGGCUGCCGGUCGAGAAGAAUGAGGUCGUCAGGGAUCUGGAGAAGAACAUACUUGGUGGGAUUAUCACUGAUGUGGUCAGGGAUCUCGUCGGAGUAUCGGUGCGCCAUGGGUGUUGUCCGUGUGUUGAUUGAGUGAAUGAAUAGUUGAGAGUUUUUUUUUUCUUUUUUCUUGAGGGCGCGCCCGAGUACAAUCCAAUUAUAAAAUGCACACUAAGGAACUUUCCAACUGAUUUUGCUUGAGUAAAAAGCUAGCCUCCAAAAAAGAUGUUGGACUAAGAGGCAGGCGAUGCUGAAUAAAGAUACGGAGUAUAAGUAA